AUGUACCCUAGACCAGACCCCGCUUCGAUAUCAGCUGCCAUGUCUCUGAGUAUCGCCUUCACCCGUGCUACCGUCACGAUCACUGCUAAGGCGGUCCAUAGCUACACUCGUGGCCGUUCUAGAUUCCGAUGGAAGCGCAAGAAUGUGCGACACCAUGAUUCACGGAGAAUAACCAAGUCCUUCCCGGUUGCCUUUCUCGGACCCUGCAGGCAAGUCCAUGCCGAAGUGCGCGCGAUACUCUACGCCAACUACUUCGAUGUGCAAGACAUGGAGACGCUCGUCGUCUGGCUCGAAGACUUGGGAACCAACAUGACCUGCGUACGAACCAUUGUAUUCCAGACCGAGCCGCAGAUGUGAUAGCCGUCAUCAACUUCAAGCAGAUACAGGACUCAGCAGACCCGUAAUCGAGAACUGUGUUGUAGGGCUGCGAGGAUGUUGGCUGCUGCCGAAAAUCUCCAGACUCUGCGGAUGCAAUCUUUUAACAAUCUUACAUGUAUGCUUGCUGGUCCGGCUUCAAGAGCAACUCUCAAGCGACCUAGACCUGUUUCUGGCUGGAUUGGAGUCGCGCCCCGGGUUGCGGAGAUAUUGUACCAUGACUUCCGAUUGGUGUACUCCAAAGGUCUAUCUCGUGGUCAC